UUUUGCCUUAGCGCACACUCAUUCUGGUUUUUCCCCUCCGCAUUUUAUUUUCUUCUGGCUGCUGCACCAAUCAUGUAUCUAAGACACUGGUUUUAAGGGCUUACAUUAAGCAUCUGAUAACUGGAAUCGUAAUUUCCUGUAUUUUUUCAGGCUCUGUGGAAACUGAGGAAUGCAAUUCUGCCACCAUGAUGGAAGGAUUGAAAAAACGUACAAGGAAGGCCUUUGGAAUACGGAAGAAAGAAAAGGACACUGAUUCAACAGGAUCACCAGACAGGGAUGGAACUCCACCCAGCCCUCAUCCUCAUGAUCCACCCUCCAAUAACAAAGCAGAGUGUGCACAGGAAGGAGGAAAAUCAGUUUCGAAGAGAACAAAUGGUGCUCCAAAUGGGUUUUAUUCAGAGAUUGACUGGGAAAGAUAUAAUUCACCUGAGCUUGAUGACGAGGGAUACAGCAUCAGACCAGACGAACCAGGCUCUACCAAAGGAAAGCACUUUUAUUCCUCAAGUGAAUCUGAAGAGGAAGAGGAGGCACACAAGAAAUUCAACAUUAAGAUUAAGCCCUUGCAGUCUAAAGAUGUUCUUAAGAGUGCGGCAACCGUUGAUGAACUGAAAGCUUCUAUAGGCAACAUUGCACUUUCGCCAUCUCUAGUGGGUACAAUUAAAAGGAAUUUAUCUAGUGAAGAGAUAGCAAGGCCCAGGCGUUCAACACCUACUCCAGAGCUUCUAAGCAAAAAAGCCCCGGAAGAUCCUGCAGUACUAGCGCCACUAUUUGGUCCACCUCUGGAGUCUGCAUUUGAAGAAGAGAAGUUAGAAGCUCCCUUAGAUCACACUGAGGUCUGGGGUUCUGUGCAGCCAGCAAGUCCAAGUGUAGAAUCACCGAAUUCAUCACGACCUUUUCCAUCUGGAACACCUCCACCUCUUCCACCUAAGAAUAUUCCAGCUACACCUCCCCGCACUGGUUCUCCUUUAACAGUUGGAGUAGGAAAUGACCAGACAGCAACAGAGGUCAAAAGUGACAAACUACCAUCAAUCAAUGACUUGGAUACCAUUUUUGGCCCAGUAUUAUCCCCCAAGUCUGUUGCUGCUGACGCGGAGGAUAAGUGGAUCAGUUUUUCUGAUCAGUCCCCGGAAAACGUAACUUCAGAGGUGACUUCACGGGAAAAGGUGGUGUCCCCACCUGUGGCAUCAGAAACCCCAGAUGAGCCUCCAGAGGCUGAAACCUCUCGCAGUGUUCCAUCUCCACUCAAUUUAGAAGAGGUUCAGAAGAAAGUUUCUGAGCAGACCCACGUUAAAGAUGAUAACUUAGCACCAGCAGCAUCUCCUAAAGAUUUUGGGGUGGGACAGAGAGCAACGCCACCUCCCCCUCCACCACCUACCUACAGAACAGUGGUGUCGUCACCCGGACCCAGCUCUGGCGGUGGCACAGGAAGCACCAGUGGUUCAUCAUCUCCUGCUCGACCUGCAACCCCGUUGGCAUCCUGCAGCAGCCCUACUCCCCCACCUCCUCCACCUAGACCCCCAUCUCGUCCAAAAUUGCCUCCAGGGAAGCCUGGAGUUGAUGUGUCCAGACCUUUUAGCCCUCCGGUUCACUCAUCCAGCCCUCCUCCGAUAGCACCUUUAGCACGUGCUGAAAGCACCUCUUCCAUAUCGUCCACCAAUUCCUUGAGUGCAGCUACUACUCCAACAAUUGAGAAUGAACAGCCUUCCCUCGUCUGGUUUGACAGAGGAAAGUUUUAUUUGACUUUUGAAGGCUCUUCUAGAGGACCCAGCCCCUUAACAAUGGGUGCACAAGACACUCUGCCCGUAGCUGCAGCUUUCACUGAAACAGUUAAUGCAUACUUCAAAGGAGCAGAUCCUAACAAAUGCAUAGUGAAAAUUACUGGAGAGAUGGUGCUGUCGUUUCCUGCAGGAAUUACUAGACAUUUUGCCAAUAAUCCCGCCCCUGCUGUUCUAACAUUCCGUGUAACAAAUUACAACAGGUUAGAACACGUCUUGCCAAACCCCCAACUGCUUUGCUGGUAA